AUGGCAGUUUCUUCAACAAAUGUUCGUCUCACCUACCCUCCUCCUCAUGUAGCCUUCAACCCACGACUAUCACCAACCUCCGUCGCCUACCACCGUCUUCCGGCCGCCGAUUUCCCUCUCCGCUUCAAGUCGAAUUUCCUCUCCGCCGAAUUCUCUUCCCUUCAAAACUGGACUGUUCCGGUUCCGUUAGUAUUCUCCGAUCGGCGGUGCCGUCGAACUAUGGAGCCAAGCAAUGUCUAUGCGCUUGGGCCCAACAGAGAUCGAAGACGAUGUAGGCCCGUUUAA